CCAUUUCAAUAGCGAACUUCUAUUUUUAACUCGUUUAGUACGUUAAAAAUCAUUUAGCUUAACGGAAUUAUUUGACAAAAAAAAUGAAAGUGCCUAAAGUAUUAAAGUCCGUGAGGUAUACAUUAGCUGGUGUAAAUACUAUUUACUGGCUAACGGGAGUUCUUCUUUUAAUCGUUGGAAUAGUAGCGGUUGUUGAGUACUCAUACUACAACACGUUACUGACUAAACGGUUUAUCACACUGCCAGGAUUUGUCAUUGCUACCGGCGUGAUCAUAAUCCUGACCUCACUUCUAGGAUUUUAUGGCGCUGUUUCUGAAAACUUUUAUUUUAUUGCUGCGUAUGUAGUACUUUUGCUGACGACUUUGGUGUUUGAAAUCGCGAUGACGGUUGUAGCAUUCGGAUUAAAAAAUGAUGCCGUUUCGGAAAUCCGAGCUCCGAUGAUACAGAGCGUGCAGUUUUACGAAACACGGCGAGACAUCGCUAAACUAUGGGACGAUUUGCAAAUGGAAUUCGAAUGUUGCGGUGUGGCCGGUCGCAACGACUGGGCGCGGGAUCGCAUCCCGGUUAGCUGCUGCCACAUCGACUACGGCACGGUCUCGCCGUUCGUCUGCACUACAGCCAACUCUUACCUCGUUGGCUGCGCGAGCGCGCUCGGCGAAUGGUUGAGUUACUACGCAUAUGUCAUCGGUGUUGUUGCGGCAGUAGUCACCGGUGUUCAGCUGCUGAUCACUGUCGCAUCCGGCUGGUUGGCGUGGAGGUCCAAGUACGAGGAAGUCGAAUUGGAGUCUUAGAUUAAGCCAGUGUUUUAAGCAUUUUAGCUAAAUUAGGAUUACGAUGGUCAGUGGUCGUACUGAGUUGUUAUAUUUGUAGAUAUUAUAUAGUCUUUCAUUGUAUUUAAUGUUAACAUCGAAUAUGUAUGUAUAUAUGUACUUUGGACCGAUCUAUAUUCAGUUUUACAAGUUUUAUUAUUAUUUUCGAAUUUAAUUAGAAAUAGAGUCAAUAGGAUUGAAUGUUGUGAAAGCAGAAAAUCUUG